AUGGCGAGUGCAUUUUCGAUUCAAGAUGACAGUAAUACUAAUACCGCAUAUUUCGACAACUUUACGUGCAUUAUAUGUUUGGAAGUGCUACAAGAACCCGUUCAGUGUUUGAAGAAUGAACAUUAUUUUUGUAAGAAGUGUAUAACCAAGCAUUUAAAGCGAUCACAAACGUGCCCUUUAUGUCAAGACAACCUUACUCUCGAAACUCUUCGUCCUAUCCCGAGUGCUGUGGCGAAUAUACUCGAGCAGUUUCAAUCUGCGAGAUGUAGGUAUGCCAGUCGUGGAUGUACGACCGCAGUAAGACGUAAAGCUUUGUCGUCGCAUCAUGAAGAGUGCGGCUUUGCUCCUGUCAAAUGUUCGUACGAUGGUUGUGAAGCCACGGUAAACAGACAGGAUCUCGUCAGCCAUCAACAAGCCUGUGAAUUUCGAUCGGUAACAUGCAAUGACUGUCACGAAGCGAUGAGACAACGAGAAUACAGAAAACAUCCUUGCUCUUUUCGAAACGAACUGGACGAAACUAAACGUGGUUUGGCCGAAGUUUGGAGGGUCUUGCGAGAAAUACAAGACGAACAGUGUCGACAAGGCGAAGAAAUGAGGCAAAUAGCGAGGGAAUUAAGACAACCUCAUACAACGCAAGGACAACGAGACAAUAACCUAAGACAACAGACAAGCGGUCAUUUAGGACAGCAAGCAAGCGAAACGGUGCAACCAAAUCCAACACGAAGGCAACAAAGUGACAACUCAAAACAACCUGAUUCAACGCAACCACAACAGGGAUACAAUCGCAUUCCAACCGGGCCAUCAUUCACAAAAUCAGAUUAUGUUGAAACAGUUCUUAUCCCAAGUCCAAUUCAAAGCAAAGCCACAGUCAACAAACAGAUUGUUGUAGCUGGAGGAGGCGGCAAGUCCUAUGAAAUCUUCGACUGGUCCACUCAACAAUGGACUUUGUACAAGGACACUUUGUUCUUCGAUCAUAUAUACGGACGGAUUUUCUUUCGUGUAUGAUAACAAGAUCAUGAUAUGCGGUGGAACAAGAACGAACAAAGUCGAAUGUCUGUAUAUUUCCGACCAUAGAUCUGUCAGCACCUUUCCCGCACAAUUAGUUGAUACAGAAUGUGGCAAAGGAGUUCUUUGUGGUGACAGAAUAUUGACUUUCGGUGAAUCUCUAUCGGGAACCAGCCUUAAACCUCCAUUUAAAACCACCGUUAUUUCGUAUAGCGACCGAGCAAAACUGUCGCAUUAUGGAGUUGCAUGUGUCAACGAAAACACGGUGGUCGUCCUCGGCGGUUACUACAACAUUCCGUACUGGGCCACGGAAUUGAAAGAAGAUGUCCUAUUAUACAACCCGACAACGAAGGGCAUGAAGAAGCUAGCACCAUUGCCCGAUCAACUUGCUGAUAUGGCUGUCGUCGUACGCGAUGACAAUCUCGUUGUAUUGGGCGGACAUAAGAACCAUGAUUAUGCUGAGAUAUGUAACGAUGUUCUUAUGUACAACAUCACUAAACAACAAUGUUCGAAAUUGCCGAGCAUGUUGGAAAACAGGUGAGACACUUGUGAGCUCUAUAUAUUAUCUGGAGCGCGAACUUCAGUCAUUCGGCCUAUCGGAGAAGUAAACAGUUUUAAUAAUCUUGAACGGUUUCUGCCAGUGCAGAUAGUGCCAAUAAUAAGAAAGCUUCGGAUUGAUAGGGAUAUGCAACUACCUGAAAAAUACAAGGAGAACUUUGACGUUUCGAGCGAAGGCCCUUCGACAUAGAAUAAUGAAGGGGGUUGUAGUAUUGCUAAUUAAUUAUUUUCCCCAAAAUUGUUGGGAGGUCGCAAAAAAAUUUUCGGAAAUACAAAAAAUUUUCCGGACAGCGUAAUUUUCCGGGCAUACAAAAAAUUUUCCGAAGAUAUCAAAAUUUGUUAAAUUUUAGUAAAUUUAGCUAAAUUUUUGUUAUAACUAUUACUUUUUCAUCCGAGUCACUCAAAAAUUUUCGCUAAUUACGAAAACGAUUUGCCGAUAAAACCUCUAUUUUGCCAAAAUACGUUUUCAGGGGAGUGUCACACCCCACAUCCCUCCUAUAGCUACUGCUCUGACCCUUCGUCUGGAUGUUAGUAGCUGCCUUCGCUCGAAACGUCGAAGCUUUCCUUGUAUAUUUCUGCUAUCCCUAUCAAUCCGAAACAGUUUUAAUACCAUAUUUCCCAGCUAAUUCCAGUUUUCUAACGGACCGUAUCAAUCAAGUUAUCAGUUCACAAGAUCAUAAUAUUAGUCUUUAAAUCGAAGUCAAAACACGAAAUUUCGGCACACUUGUUGUCAACCCCGCAGACAAAAACAAAAGAAAAGCUAGGGACUGAAACUGACGUCCAGUACCUCCAUCUUUGGUCUCACCUUUUGUAAUUCUCGCUCCAGAUAUAUAUGUAGCUCCACUGUAAGACAAUUUGUUUGAUUUGAUAUCAUCUUCAUUUACUGAUUGUAAACAUGAAUAAAUGCAAUUAUAUGUAAAUAUUUUCAAAGUUGUCAUGGAAAUGCCCUCGGUUAAAAAAGGCAAUUUCUCUUUUUAGAUCAGGAUGUGCUUCAGUAAUUAUGGGAGAUACUAUCAUUGGUGGAAAUUCAGAAAAUGAACGUCAUCAGUCUGUGGUGGUUAGGACAGUAGAGUACUUGAUAUUGGGUGAGGACACGUGGAAAACGCUUCCACCAAUGCAUUGUGAAAGAAGUGGUGCAACCGCAUGUCUGCUCCAAUAA